AUGCGUCUUCUCUUCGUCCUUUUGAGAGUACUAGGAGCCCUCUGCUAUAGCUUCUUCCUGGACCGAUUCAAGGAACCCCCUGCAUUUGGACCUAUGUGCGACUUGCUAUGGUCAGACCCCUUGGAGGAUUUCGGCAAUGAAAAGAAUGCUGAACACUUUUCUCACAAUUCAGUACGAGGUUGUUCUUACUUCUACAGCUAUGCAGCUUGCUGUGACUUCCUACAACAUAACAAUCUUCUCUCCAUAAUCAGAGCCCAUGAAGCUCAAGAUGCAGGGUAUCGUAUGUAUCGCAAGAGCCAAACAACUGGUUUUCCAUCCCUUAUCACAAUAUUCUCAGCUCCUAACUACCUGGACGUGUACAAUAACAAGGCCGCCGUGUUGAAAUACGAGAACAAUGUGAUGAACAUUCGACAAUUCAACUGUUCACCUCAUCCUUAUUGGCUCCCGAACUUCAUGGAUGUCUUCACAUGGUCACUACCAUUUGUAGGGGAGAAAGUAACGGAGAUGUUGGUGAAUGUGCUCAACAUAUGUUCCGAUGAUGAGCUCAUGGAUGGCGAGGAGUCGCUAGAAGAAGCAACAGCAGUGCUAAUUGUGCCGGAAAAAGGUGCAGCAUUGCGGAAGGAAGUCAUCAGGAACAAAAUUCGUGCCAUUGGCAAGAUGGCUCGUGUAUUCUCUGUCUUAAGAGAGGAGAGCGAGAGUGUAUUACAGCUGAAGGGUCUGACCCCCACUGGUGCUCUGCCACUUGGAGCCUUAUCUGGGGGCAAAGCGUCACUCAAAAACGCAAUGGCAGGAUUUUCGCCCAACCACAAGAUUACAUCCUUCGAGGAGGCUAAGGGGCUUGAUGCCAUGAAUGAGCGCAUGCCCCCCAGGAAGGACGCUCCAGCUCCGCCUCCAGUCACUUCUUCCCCUUCCACAGUAGAUGAUGCCAGCUCCAACUCCUCCAACACAGCACCCAACACCCACUUGUGAAACCCACAGCCUCAGGUUGGUUUGGUGUGUGAAUGUAGGUGAUGAAAUGUCAACAUCCUGCUGAUCUCAAGUACGGGGUGACUGCUAGCAGGGUGAGGCUGCCUGGCCAGUUAUUGGUUGUGAUGCAAGUCUUGCCUCAGCCCCUGGUGGGCCCCACUGGCCAGCCAACCCCACUAGGCAUCUUGCCGAGCCCUUGCCGCUGCCGCCCUUACCGCUGCCGUUGGCUGGGGCUAGGCUGGGCCGGGUCGCGGGCCAAGUGAUCGAAGGCCCAUCGGUGCUGCCACCAUGGAGGGUGCAGAGUAGUGUGGCAGAUGCGGCCUGGCCGGCCCCAGGUCGUCGGCACCCAAGCUGCUGCUGCUAGAGACUUUGACCCGGUCACCCAACCCCCUCCAGUGUCCUAUCCAGUACACUGUCAGGCUACCACCCUCUGUGUUGCCUACACUGUCGGCUUUCAGUUGCACCCUUCCUACCCAUUGUGUUGGUGAUGUGAGUGAGGACCAUGACUGUUCCCAUGGGGGCUGCUAGGGUUGCCACCAUUAACCAGGAGCCACCAUAGGCUCAGGAAUAAUGGAUAGCCACUGGACAGGUGUUAGCAUGGUGGUGUGUGAAAUGUGUCAACCCUCCAGCAAGGCCAUACUGACCAGGAGUUACCAGCUGCAGUGUCUGUCCAGGUUGUGUCACAUACUAACAAUGAUACGUCUACAUUGAAACAUUACUCACAUUAUCUAAGUGAACCUGUUCAUACAUUGACAAAAUCAUGUAAAUAGUUUUUCUUUAUUAUUGUGUAUAGCAUGCUUGAAUAUUUACAGACUGUCGUACAGCCUCUCUAAAGCCCCUCUGUAGUAAGACAGCAGCCUGUGUAUUGGUCCAGUGGACUGUUGGCAAGCUUUUCCUGACUAUCUGCCAUCAAUGUGACAUUUAAGGAUGCAAUACAUUUUGGCCUGUGUGCAAUAUAUGGUCAUUCUCAUCUAGAAUCCUAAAUUAUCUUAGGUUAGAAUGGUAGCUUGUCAUCUCUUGAUCAUUGUUCUGUGGCUCCUCAAAAUGUGAAUUUCUAUAAGUUUAAUACAAUAUAGCAUUAAGCCUACAGAGGGAGUGGUGUACAUGCAUCAAUGAAGCAACCUGUUUCCCGGACUAUUAUCCUCGUGUAAUUCAGUCCCUCUGACAGUAACAUUUCAUGUUAAAGAUGAUCCUGUUGCUACUGGACGUUUUCUUCUUGAUGGUAAUUUUCAUACAUGCAACUGUUUUGUCAUGUGAGACUGUAGAAUUCAUAUUUAUCAACUCUGCCAUAUUAAGUGUUAUAUAAAAGAUAACUACUAAUAAUAAUAAGUCGUGUUUAAAAAACAAAUUUUAUGCCUUUUUCCAAACCAAAGUGUCCUAGUCAUAUUUCUCACGUGGAAACAAGGCAUCAGGGCCCAGCCAGUAGCAUGUUGGGCCUUAUUGAGCCCCGACCCUUCCCUUCCAUCCCCCUGCCCCAUCCCCAUGCCCCCUUCCCCUCCCCCAUGAAAUUCUGGGCCUCACUCGCCAUGAACUAGGAAUCAUCCACCACCAGUCCUAGAUUUUUCUCCCCCCUCCCCCCCCUCCUCUCCCCUUCCCAUGUUUUAAGUGUUGAAAUGAAGACCCUCAAAAAAAUACAAAAAAUACAAAAAAAUAAAAAAAAUAAAAAAAAGGAAGAAGUAAAUACAGUAAGAACAUCCAAGAAUGCGCUCACUUAUUUUUCACUAUAAAGACUUUGCUGGUUGGUGUAAAUUUUUAACAUGCAAGUAGCCCUAAACUUUUUUCUCUUGUAGCUCUUAAUACCCAUGAGAAAUAUGUGAAUGUGUGUUGAAAAUGAUUAUUACGAUAUGUUAAUAUUUAUCAUUAUAGACAUGAAUAAGACUAUAAUUUGAAUAUAAUUUUAUUUGUGAGAUAGAUGUUGAUUGCUUUAAUCUGGUAUAAACAUUAUUUUCUGUGAAAUAGGAUCUAAGUUUUCUCUUGUUACCAUGUUCUUUAAUAAAACUAUUAUUAGGAAGUCUCAAAUGUUGUAUAUCACAAGUAUAACCUUCCAUAUUGUUUUUACCAUUUGAAGCUGAUGUUCUUUUGUCAGUCCAAAGCAUAAGCUCUUCAUGCCAAGCUUUUCCAGGUCAAGCCGUUCCAGGCAGCUGCAAGGAAGUGGCUGGUGCUGUAGGCUCCGUUAACUGUAGAACCGCAAUAAUAAUUAGUUUAAAUAUCUUAAAAAAAAAAAAAAAAGAGAGAAAUAAAUAUAUGAGGCCAAAUGUGUACAUAGUUGUACCCUGCCUACGGUGCAGAGCCCAAACAGCUACCAGAAUGCCCCCUGCAUCCCUGGAGAAAGUUGCCUCGUGCCCUUGCUACAGGUCAGUCCUCGAGAGGCGAAAAAAAAAAAAAAAAAAAAAAAAAAAAAAAAUAUCGGUCUGCUACCUUGUGCAGUGUACAUGAAGCCUGUUUAUCCCUUGUGCAAAACAUCAGUAAGAGGUAAUAAAACAUGUUAAUUAUUAUUCUAUAAACUUUAUUCAAGUGUAAUUCAUAACUAAUCCAGAGCCGUAAUCAUGACCUGUAUCAGUGUGUGUAUUGUUUCCAGCAGUUACAAACUUAAAUGCCUUUGUGCAACUGUUUUAUACUUCUCAGCAUCUCUGCCUUUGUGGUGUACUGUAAUAUAUAUUUAGUUAAUAUAGCCAUGUUCAUUCUUUUUGUUUAACUGUUCUAAUUCAAAGAAUAAUUAUUAUGACUGGACGUUUGCAUUGUUUCGAGAUUGAGAUUCUAAAUAAAUUCUAAGAAUCUUUAA